ACUUCAGAAUAACAAGGUCAGCUGUCAACAGCGCAAUAUCUUCACCAUUUAAAUUGCACGCUUGCCAUUCUGUCAGGUCGGUAAAAGACAUCAUAGGACUAGGUCUAAGUAACAAGUAAAGAAGAUGUAAAAUUCUGGACACUUUAAGUUACUUUAACUUAAAGCACGAUUUCAUUCAAUCAUAAUUAUUUCAAUCAUUGCAUUGAUUCACGCUGUUUUCUAAUAAAUUUUUCAUACUUUCGUAAAAAUAAUAGUAGUAUCAGGGAACAUGAAAAAAUAUAAUUUAAAUUUUGUAGUAAUUAAUUAAUUAUUUUUUUAUCAACAGAUGGUGUGUACAAAUUGACGUCGAAAAAUGCCAAUAAGUAAUCGCUGCAACGUACUGUACAUUGCUGCCUCCAUCUUGAUGUUGUUUGCAUUGAGUCAAUGUUUGAUUCAGGCAACAGGAGACACUGGUAUUUUAAGGCGACUACAGCGUAAUGCGGAAGAAGAUGGGAAUACCAUGCCAUCAACAAGUACCAAGGUGAUUAUUAAGUUUAAAAAUAAAAUUAGAUUCUAACUACCUUACCAAUGCCAAUACCAUAACCAUUCAUUUGAGAUUAAUAACUAAUAAUAUAAAUUAUAAUAUUUAUAAAUAAUAAUAAUAAUCAAUACCAGAGCCAGACUCAGAGUGAGUCAAAGAAAGCUGAUUUUAAACUUUACUACCUGCAAAUACCAGGAUAGUUAUUAAAUAACAUGACUAAUACUUUUGGAAAUGUAUCAACAGUUGCCUUUAACAAUAAUUAUUUUAUAACUUGAGUGAAAAAUAGAUACAUGAUUUUUUAAAAUCCUAUAAUCGAUGUAUAAUCCUAAUAUUGAUACUGAUAGAAAUACUUUUUUUGGUGUUAUUGGAAAGUUUAAAGUCAGCUUCAGCCACUGAUAACAUUAUCAUGCAUUAUAUGUCAGAUGUAUUUUAAAAUUGAGCUGGAAUGCCUAAUAUGAAUUACUGCACCCUAAUAUGAAUUACUGCACCCUGGCUGAAAAAUGUGUGUCAAAUAUUGUACUUUUGGCCUAUUUGCUCUUCCCUUACUGAAAAUAUGUGAUAUUUUAAUAAAUUAUAACAUUUAAAAUAUUUUCAUGACUCUAUUAACUUACAUUAACUGUUACUUCCAAAUAAUUCAAAUUUUCUUAUUAAUUAAAAAAAAAGUUUUUAAGUUUAUUUUGUUUCACAAUAAAAUAUAACAGGAAACAUUGUGAACAAUGUUUUUAAAAAAUCUAUACAUUAUGACUGUAAAGAUAUGUUAUAGGUUUUUCACUUAUUAAUUUGAACUAACACAUUUAUUGUAUUCUAAAGAUUUCAAUGAUAUAUAGAAUUUAAUUUUACUUUUAUAAUUUAUUUCACUUCUCUUUUCUCUGAUAGAUUUAAAAAUUUGAUAGUGUUAGAAUUUUUUCAUGGUGGCACAUUUACUAGAUUUACUAUUGUAUUUCUUUCCUCAGGUUAUUGAGUCAUUCCAUAUCAAGUCAGACAUCCGCUUUAGAUUUGCCACAACACAAAUUGUCAGUGUUGUCAGAAAUAAGGCAGACUUCCCUCAAGAAAUUGUUUUUGAUGUUGCAUUACCAAAAGAAGCCUUCAUAGUCAGUUUCUCCAUGUAAGUUCACAAUGAAGUAUGUUUAAGUACAUCACAUAAAUUAAAAGAAAAUACCAUUUUAGUUUUAUGUUAGUAAGGACUGUAAUAACUAAUUUUUGAUAUGUACAUUUUCCAUAUUUUUUUUUAACAGGGCCAUUGAUGGAAAAGUCAUUGAUGGGGAAGUCAAGGAGAAAGCACAGGCUAAGAAAGAAUAUCAGACAGCUGUAGACAGAGGAGAGAGUGCUGGAAUCGUUCAAAAUGCGUGAGUAACAUGAUAAUGUUCUGAUUUCCACUGUAGGUUCAUUUAAAAAAAAAAAUAUUUUAAUUUUGAGCUGGUGUAAUAAGCAAUAUCCUUCUAUAUAACUAGAAUUGUCUUAAGUUAACUAAAACGAUCUCUGUUAUAGAAAGUUUCAAUCAUUGUAACUAACUCAUAAAGUGUAUGCCCUAAAUUAGGCUUCUAACUUGACUUAUAUUUUUAUUUACUUCCUUGUUCAGGUCCAUGGUUUAGUUGUGGCUAGUGUUGCAUACUUGAAAUUAUCUAAUUUUUUACUCUGAAACCUUCCUUAAAAAUGGUACAUAAUGAGGUCUGAGUGGUCCAAUCCAUACACAGGCAUUGGAGAGGUUAAACUCUUGAGCAGCAAAUCUUCAGCAGAGGGGAUCUCAAUUAUUUUAUGUGUAAUAUAAAAUUAUUUCAAACAUAUGCUGGUUUCACUUCCCCAAGUAGAUCUUUCUAAAGAAUCACUUUCUGGAAACAAAUUUUUAAAAAACCUCCCAAAAUUAUUACUACUGUUGAAUACUGUAUUACUAUGCUAUCGACAGAGAACAAUAAUAGAGCCACUGAACCAGAAAACAAAUGGACGUUAAUUACAUAAAAUUGUCUUAAUAUUAUUGAUACCCCGCUGCAAUUUUAAAUUCUUUAAUUAAGUAACAAAUUGUUUUAUUUUUUCUGAGCCCCCGACACUCCAACACUUUUGAGAUUUCUGUGAACGUAGCCAGUGGUUCAGCGGUCAAUUUUACUCUAAACUACCAAGAGUUGUUGCAACGAAAGCUUGGCUUAUAUGAAUAUGAAAUCCAUGUCAAACCUGGCCAGGCAGUGGAAGAUUUUCUGGUAGAAGUUAAUAUCCAGGCAAGUUAUUUCAUAUUUUUUUCCUGAUGUGGUAUAUUAAUGGUCAUUAGUUUCGCCACCAAAGGUAAUAUAAAAUGUUAGUUUUCAUGGUCAUUAGUUUCACCACCAAAGGUAAUAUAAAAUGUUGGUUUUCAUGGUCAUUAGUUUCACCACCAAAGGUAAUAUAAAAUGUUGGUUUUCAUGGUCGUUACUUUCGCCACCAAAGGUAAUAUCUAAUAUCUAAUUUUUCACUUACUGCUACUAACUUUGCAGUAUUAACUUUGACAAAACUAGCCAAUGUAUAAGCAAAAAGAACAUAUCUUUACCUACCUCCAUUUACAUUUAGGAGAAUAAAAAGAUUGGUGCUAUAAGAACACCUGCUCUGCGCACAGAUUCAUUAUUGACAAAUAAAGUUGCAGGUGGGUAACACUAACAUAGAGACAAUUUUAAGUAAUUAAUCUCCAAUAUCUACUUAAAUAACAAAUUAAAAAAAAAAAAUUAUUUAUUGAAAAUUGGAAAGUUUUUCAUAUAGAUCUCUAACAUGACACCCCCCACCCUUUAUGACACUACAAUACUUAAAUGUCAUGCUAUCAAAGUAUUUAUCACUUCCAUAAAAAUUUAAUUAAGCAAACUACAAACCUAUUUUUUUAUUUUUUUUGGAAAUGGGUCAUUUGAGAGAUUUUAGCUAUGAUCUCUAAAACAUAUUCUUAUUAUAUAAAGAUUAAGGAAUAAGUCAAUUUGCAAAGUUUAAAAAUAUAAAUGCAGGUGGAAUAAGUCUACAUGCUCUUAUAUAAAUCAAAACGAAUAAGUCUAUUUGUGUAUUUUUAUUAUCUAGAAAUAGAAGCACACAUUCUGUUUACAUUACAGAUGAAAAUCCUUUGACCAUUAUUGAGAGAAUCAGUUCUCAAAGUGCUAAAGUUUUAUUCAAACCAAGCAAGGCUCAGCAAGGUCAAGGUGGUGUGGCAGCCAGCUUUGUUGUUCAGUAUGAUGUUGAACACCCACCUAAAGGAGAGAUCAUGGUAUGUUUAUGAAUGUUCAAGUCUCUGAAAACAAUUAUAUUUUGUCAAAAACAAUUUUUACCUACAAUUUGAAUAAAAAAAUAAAAAAAAACUAAGAUAAAUAAAAUGAGUUAAUGAAACAAAUGAACUUUUAUUUAAGUCUAAAUUUUCUUCCCCCAGAUUGUCGAUGGUUACUUCAUUCAUUUCUUUGCCCCUGAUUUGCCCCCAAUGCCUAAAGAUAUCAUCUUUGUCCUUGACCUGUCUGGAUCUAUGCAUGGCACCAGAUUGGCUCAACUUAAAACAGCAAUGAAAGUCAUCCUCAAAGACCUGAAACCACAGGACAAAUUCAACAUUAUCACCUUUAGGUAAUCUUUUUUCUAGUACUAUAUACAUUCUAAAUAUUACUUUAUGUUUAUUUGAGUUAUUUUUAUUAAGAAGAGCUUACUGGGCUACUAACUGUAGAAGAAGAUGAACCCCAUACUGACUGUCUCUCUCUCAUAUCUGCCUUUUAUUCUAACAGUUCUGAUGUGCAAAAGUGGCAAAAAAAUCCUGUCUUUGCCACAGCUGAUCAAAUCAGUGCAGCUGAUAAAUUUGUUCUAAAAAUGGAUGAUGGUGGCAGUGAGUAAACUCUGUUUUCACAACAAAAAUUAAAAUACUCUACCAUAUAAAUUAAAUAUUUCAACACUGCUUGUAAAUUGUCUGAUUAUAUUGGACAAAAAAUUGAUUUUUUCAUUGUUAUAAAUGUAUUAAGAUUAUAUUCAUUUUUUUGUAGUGACCAACAUCAACUUUGCCCUGAUAACAGCUCUAAAUGAAUUGAAGACUCAUUCUAACAAAGAAAGAGCAUCUAUGGUGUUUUUCUUAACUGAUGGUGAACCAACAGAAGGCGAAAUAAACUUUGAAAAAAUUGCUAUCAAUGUCCGUGAGGCAAAUGGAAAAGAGGCAGCCAUCUUCUCUCUGGCAUUUGGUGAAGGUGCCAACUAUCAAUCAUUGCAGACUAUCUCAGCUCAGAAUUCUGGCUUUGCUAGAAAAAUAUACGAAGCGUCAGAUGCGGCUCUUCAGGUGGCCAGCUUAUACCAAGAAAUUUCCGCAGUAGUCAUGAAAGAUAUUUCCAUCUCAUUCUUGCCCAGCAGUGUCGAUGAGUUUACCCUCACAGAUAACAAAUUCCCCAACAUCUUCAAUGGUUCUGAAGUUGUGGUAUGUGGUCAAGUGUUGGAUAAGGCCCGUGAGUUCCAGCUCUCCAUCAAAGGUGUCCAGCAGUCAGGGGAAGUAAAUCUCAUACUUGAGACAGAUGAUAUCAGUAAUCUUAUCCUGAACCCAGAGGAUCCUUUGUUUAGUGGACCGAGAAACUUUGCCGGAAUUGUUGAGAAAAUGUGGGCGUACCUCACCAUCAAACAGCUGCUGAGGGAGAAAGAUAAGAACUUGUCUGAUAAAAAAGUUAUGGAGUUGGACAAGAAAAUCCUUGACAUGUCACUGAAAGUAAGAAUAAAGUAAGGUGUUUGUGAGGUUCUCCAUAGCUCAGUGGUUCUCAACCUUCCUAAUGCAGCGACCUUAAAUGCUGUUCCUUUUGUUGUGGUGACCCCCAGCCAUAAAGCUAUUUUCACUGCUACUUCAUAAAUGUUUUCCGAUUGUCUCAGGUGAACCCUAUGUAAGCGGUCUCGACCCACAUGUUUAGGGCCGCUGCUAUAUUUGUAUUCCCAAUGGUAACAGAAAAGGUUUUAACUAUUGAAAUGGGUAGGAUGCAAACUGAUAUUGCAAUUUAUGGUUCUUAUGUGAUGGAGAGUUAUUUUAUAAGGAUGCAAACUGAUAUUGCAAUUUAUGGUUCUUAUGUGAUGGAGAGUUAUUUUAUAAGGAUGCAAACUGAUAUUGCAAUUUAUGGUUCUUAUGUGAUGGAGAGUUAUUUUAUAAGGAUGCAAACUGAUAUUGCAAUUUAUGGUUCUUAUGUGAUGGAGAGUUAUUUGAUAAUUUGAAAUGGCACUAUUGAUAGGAUUUUAAAAAUGCUGCAACAUACUUUAAUUGUAAAAGCCCUUUUAAAAAAAUGACUAUUGUUGCAAUGCAUUUCCCAUUUACUAGAAGCAUUGGCUCAGGCCAGUUGAUGGCCACCAUUGUAAUGUAUUUUUAUUUUGUCCCCAAGUACCAAUUUGUUACACCUUUGACUGCUAUGGUGGUGACCAAACCAGGUCAGCAAGAGCCAAGUGAGUCAAUCUUGAAAGACAAAGGUAAUGAGGUCACAGGGGAAGAUCCACCAAUAAUCAGAGCACAGGCUAGUAGUAGUUGUAAGUAAAUAUACUCCACUAAAAUAAUUUAUUUAUUUAAUCAUAAGCUAAUAAUAUUAUAUAUGCACCCUUAAAAUAUACAUAAAAGAACAUAUAAUACUAACAAUUUAAAUAAUAAGUAUUUUUUCUGACUAAUUUCUAAGUGCCCCAGAGUUUGAUUUGAUGACAGUAAUCACUAACUGCCACAUUAGUUUACUCCCCAGAGUUUGAGUUGAUGACAUUAAACACUAACUGCCACAUUAGUUUACUCCCCAGAUUUUGAUUUGAUGACAAUGAACACUAACUGCCACAUUAUAUUAUUUCUAGAUCAGUUCUCUCAGUCCAAAUUUUUAAACAAAAAAAAAACAAAUGUUCCUUUGCAGUUGGACAAAUGGGGAGUAUUGCUUAUAGACACUAUAGACAGAAACUUUCCUAUGGUUCAUCUUCCGCUAAGGGAUUUUUGGGAGAACCAGUAUUUCUUAUUGAUUCUGGAGCUGUGGGAAAAUCCCACACAAAGCUUUGGCCACAAAAGAGAAGUAAUAAAACUGUAUUGGCUUUGAUUUACCAAUAAAUAAGCUUGUUCCACUUAUUAACAAAGAACUCAUAUGAUUAAAGAAAUGUGGGGGAGCCCUGUGUGUAUUAGCAACAAAUAAUUUGUUUGAUUUAGAAAGAUGGCUACCGGUACUUUUUUAAUUUAUCUCUACGUUUGUGCAUUUCUCAGAGCAGCCAAGAAAAAUAACCGAAAACCAGAAAAAGUCAAAUAUCUGGUUCAAAGGUAAGUGAGGCAUUGCAGUGUGAAGCAUGUAGUGAUGAUGUCAGUCUGAGAUCAGUAAAAUUGUUAUAGAAAAUAAAAAACCCACUUUGUCUAGUAAUAAGGGCUUGUGUAAUAAUAAUUUAAAACAAUUUAGAACCAAGCAUGCAGUGAUCUGCAUGUUGCUUAAUUCACCGAUGAAUGCCCGCGUCAAAUGUAUCGGGUUCAAACACGUUUUUCUUGGAAAAAUGUCUUCAGAAUACUUAGACAGUCAUAGAUAGAUAGAUAGAUAUAUCUUCUAUUCAAUAAAUUAUUGAUUGAUUUUAUGUUAUUUCAAAAUUCAAUAAACUAAUAUAAACCUGAUUAUCCAGGGUAAUUUUUAUUUCUGCUAAUCCAGCUAAUAAAAAGACUGGAUAAUCAAUUACAUUAUUCAAUAUAAAGAAUAGAAAAUAAUAGCUACAGAAGCAUAAUCCAUGCAGAUUUGAUCCUCAACUUCCUAGUUUGCUUUAUCUUCACCUUUAAAAUCUCUGUAAAAAACUAAUUUUUAAGAAAUUCAAUAAAACAAAGAAUUGACUUUUGGGGUGCAUGCCGCUUUCUGUCCCUAAUUUUAAACUGAUCCGACGGAUGUCAAAUUUUUCAGGCAUUCACAAUUCAAUGUGCAGUUGGCAAAUUUUUUUUUUUAAAUUUGCUUUUAACUAACUAUUUUUGUCUUGUCAAACUUCAGAAGAAAAAUAAUGCACCAUUUUUUUUACAGACUUUCCUCUGUCAGCUUUUGCCAUCAAAAUAGGAAAAAAAAGUGUGUGUGUUGUACCCAAAAAACUUGAGAGUGGCGUAUACAGACUUGUGGUGGCAGAUGAUGGUAAAUAUAGCAAUCGAUACUUUGCAAAAUUUGACUAUUAAUUCAUAAAUGACCGAUAUAAACUAAAUAUGUCGUCGGUACAUUUUUAAUGGUGUUGUUCCUGUUGAUUUGAGUUUUUUAAAUCCAGUUGUUUUAAACAGAGCAUAUCUAAAAUCAAAUAAGAUAAGAUCAGAUGAGUUAAAGUAAGAUGAGAAAGAUUAAAUAAGAUUAUUUACAGAUCCAAAUACAUAUAUUACAAUUUACAUGCUUAUUUCCAAAAUGUCAAAUAAGAACAUAGACAGUAACCAUUCUGAUUAAGAUAACAUGUUUUUAAAACAUGAAAAUACAGCUGCAACUUAAGAGACAGUCUUUGAGUUUUUUUUUGUUGUUUUGAAACUAAUUUGUAGCAAGGCGUUAGGUUAACCUUUGUGUUGUCAGAUUCUUCAAGAAAAAAGUACAUUUGGUAGAGGAAUAGACUCCAUUAACAUAAGCAUCAACUCUGAAGUAAUGAUACUUGCACUUUUAUCUUAUAAUAUAAAUGGGUUUUUUUCAGGUUAUUUCAUCAACUUAGAGGUUGGUUGCUCCAACUUACCCUGUGUUUCCCAAAAAGCUAUGAAGAUAAUGGCUUACUACAAAAACACCAACGCUACCGUUGAGCUUGUGAACAUUGCUACUGAUUCUUGGAAGUAUUCGGCCAGUUCAAACUUUAGAACAGAGCAAUUAGGCAAUAAUUUCACAGUCACAGGUAAGAUGAUAUUUAGGAUCCUUGCGUCAUUAACAAUAUGGGGCUGUGUUUUCAAUAUUAAAAUCAUCGGACGAUGUUAUAAAAAUAUCUUUUCAAAGUGCUGAUAAGUUUUAAUUAAUUUUUUGAAAAUUAUAUUUUGAAACUUGACUUUUCUUUGUCUUUAGUUCUUUUAAUUUAAAUUUUCAUUUGAAUUUAAAAAAAAAAAGAAAAAAAAGAUACAUUUAACAUUAUCUUCCAGGUGAAAAUGCAAAACUGAGCUUUUUUUGGCAUACGAGUGGCAGCAAAGGCUACUAUGACAUCAUAAUUGAACUUGAUCCUGGAAAGAAAUACACGGGUCUCACAGGUAACUGGAACUAUUAGAUAAUUUGAUUGCUUCUUAAUUUUACUUCAUAAUACAAUGCAAAUCUCAAAGUUCAAACAAGUAGGUAUAUAGUUCUUUUUGGACAAAUACAAAUGUUUUAUUUACAAGUCAACUGAGUGACUGUUUUGUAAAAAAAAAAAUAAUAAUAGAAGGCUAACACUGCUAAUUAUAUGACCUCAAACAGACGUAGUUGCUAAUUUAACUUAAUAAAUUGAUUUGUUGCUGAUUAACAUAAUAUUUAUGUGAGUUUAUUUUGUGCCACUGGUCCCACUGUUGGUUAUUAUAUAAUGUGUGUGUUAUUUGUUUUGUUUAAAAGCUGAAAUCAUGAGGAAAGCUGGCAAACAACAGAAGAAAAAAGUUGAAUCUGCUUGCAAGUCAUUACAAACUCAAGCCUCCAUCAAAUUCAACAAGAAGCUGGCAAGGAAGUACCGCAUUGGAAAUGUUUAAAAAAGGAAUUACCGCAUUGGAAUAAAUUCGCUGUGAGACAGAUUAGUCUCUUGUUUUUUUAAAUGUUAAUUUCAGGGGUGGGUAAGCUAUUGUUCAGACUGAGGGCCAAAUGAAAAUUAAUAAAACAAUUUUGUGAAGGUCUUGCAGGUCACUGGAAGGUUUUGCAGGUCGCACUGAACAUUUCAGCAGGCAGCAUGUGGCCCUCAGGUUGUAGAUUGCCCCCACCCCUACUUCGUCUGGAGCUAGCACUGUAAACACCAUUAUGCAUUUUUCUAUUUACUUUACUUUUUAUGUCAGUAUGUAAAUAUUUCACUUGAUCACAAAUUAAAGAUAUAAUAUUAUGUAAAGUAGUAAUUUUCUACAAGCCUCCACAGAAAAAAAUGUGUGUAGGACCACAAAAAAAAAAGACAGCAGGUAGACAUAAAUUGCAAAAAAGCAAACAAAAAAAACCCACUUAGUUCCUCUUUAUUUAAUUAACCCUUUUAAGGUGGAGCAUUUUUGGGCUUUCAGUGCCAAGAAAACAGAGCCCUUCUCUAAAGCCCAGCACUUAAAUGCAAAAAAAAAUAAAAAUAAUAAUCAAGUAAUGACUUUACAAAUAUAAUACUAUAUAUGUUCUUGUAAGAAAUUGAACUAAUACAAUCUAUGUGACUCAAACUGAAAUCUCAAAAUUUAUGCCAAUAAGAUAUCCUGAUUUGCAUAAUUUAUUCAUGUAAUUAAAAAAAAAAAAAAUCGGUCCACUUAGUAUAAACAUAUCUUGCUUGUGGGGAAUUUUCUGAUAUAGAAGAAGAAGAAGAAACCUAAAUAAGUCAUAACAAACAUUUUUAUUGAGAUUCAAUAUGAAAAACUGCAUAAAGUAUUUGACUGGUGGUGCUUAAGCAUUGUUGCAUACGUCUUGGUAUUAUAUUUUGUAGGCAUUUGUAGGUGUCACAAGGUACAAAAUAAAUUGACAUAUAGAACCGUAAAUAAUCAAUGAAAGUAUAAAAAAAAAAAAAAAAAAAAAAAAAAAAAAAAAAAGAAAAAAAAAAAGAAAAAAAAUAAAAAAAAAAAAAAAAAAAAAAAAAAAAAAAAAGAGAGAUUAAAAAGCAGCGAUGAUCAAGAAAUGAGAGAUGCGAUAUGAUUAGCUGAAUUGAAGACCAGCCAGCCAAUCUCAAGCCUUGUAUUUUUGGGAUGUUGGAUUGGCCCCUUGUAUCAAAAGGGUUAAAAAUCCCUUUUUAUGCAUCAAUACUUCAAUUUUUUUUAAUGGCCAAUUCACAAAUAUUUGUAUAAUACUGAAAAAAGUAGAAUCCUAGAGAAAAUAUAGAACUAAAAAAAAUCUCCCUGUGUUGACUUGAAGCAAUCUACAAUAUGUUAAAAAUAACUUAAAACCUUAAUGAAGUUAGUGAAAUGAUAUGAACCUAUAGUCAAUUAUAAUGUUUUAACAUUUCACUGACAGGUGGUAGGCCUAUCUUUGAUGUUUUCUUUCAAGAAUUACUGAUAGAAAAAUGUAUUGUACUACUUAAAAUAAUUAACAGGAUUUAAGAUGAACAUUGGAAAAUGGUUUUGUUUUUUUUGACAGUAAAACUAUAUGGAAUAUCAUGCUUUUUCUUAUCUCACUUCAUCUCCUAAAAAUUUGAAAAAUAAAAAAGAAACAAAGAUGUCUUUCAAAUUUUUGUUAACAAAUGUUUUUGUAAAUGUUCAAAUUAAAACUUUUCCAUUC